AGACGCCCAGCCGAGUGCGGACCGUGCGCCGCCUUUGUCCGCCGGUGGCAGCUGGUCUCGCGGCCGCCGCCCCGCGAUGGCCCCGCAGCAAGGCCGGCCGGCGCUGCCCGCCCGCUGCGAGCCGCCGGCGGCGCCGCCGGUACCGCCUCGCCGAGAGCGCGGGGGGCGCGGGGCGCGCGGGCCCGGGGUGUCCGGGGGUCGGGGGCGCGCGGGCGGCGCCGAGGGACGCGGCGUCAAGUGCGUGCUGGUCGGCGACGGCGCGGUGGGCAAGACCAGCCUGGUGGUCAGCUACACCACUAACGGCUACCCCACCGAGUACAUCCCUACGGCCUUCGACAACUUCUCGGCCGUGGUGUCUGUAGAUGGGCGGCCUGUGAGACUCCAGCUCUGUGACACUGCAGGACAGGAUGAGUUUGACAAGCUGAGGCCCCUCUGCUACACCAACACAGACAUCUUCCUGCUGUGCUUCAGCGUGGUGAGCCCCACAUCCUUCCAGAACGUGGGCGAGAAGUGGGUUCCAGAGAUUCGACGUCACUGCCCAAAGGCCCCCAUCAUCCUGGUCGGGACACAGUCGGACCUCAGGGAGGACGUCAAAGUGCUCAUAGAACUGGACAAGUGCAAAGAGAAGCCGGUGCCUGAAGAGGCGGCGAAGCUGUGCGCGGAGGAAGUCAAAGCUGUCUCCUACAUCGAGUGCUCAGCGUUGACUCAGAAAAACCUCAAAGAGGUUUUCGACGCCGCCAUUGUUGCUGGUAUCCAGCACUCAGACUCCCAGCUACAGCCAAAGAAGUCUAAAAGCAGGACCCCGGAUAAGGUGCGGGACCUGUCCAAGUCUUGGUGGAGGAAGUAUUGCUGCCUGGCCUGACUCUCGCAAAUAGCAGGUGUUUAAGCUGCAACAGCUCUUUAUGGACGAGGCUGUCAUAGGAUGAGCCCCAAAGCACCCUCUUCUGCCCUUAACUUCCUGUGUGCGGGAGCUUAGGGCUGAGAUUCAUAUGCAAAAUACGUUUUUUUAAAAAUUGAAAGUUACAUUUUUUUUCUGUUAAGUCUGGAAGCUUUGAGCUGUAGACCUCCGGAUUAAUUUAUAUUCCAUAUGAAAAGGGCUCUUCAAAGCGGGGUGUCAGCAUGAAGUUCUGCUGUGUUGUACAGGACAAAGGAGAAUGAAUGGGACCUUCUCCUGAUUAAGGGCUACUGAGGGCUCAGUGCAGGGCACGUGUGCACCAGGCUUGGUGAGAGUGAGCAAGCGUGAGCUUUGAAACCACACGAGCCACCCCCGGUUUUGUAAGGGCAAAGAUCUGAAACCAGCAAGGGCCUUCUGCUUACGAAACCUCGAGCCCAUCCCUUCUGUUUACUCAGAUUCUCUUAGGAUUUUAAAACAACCAAACAUCCCACAGCCUACUGGCAUAGUGUUGGCGAACAGUGCACUUGCUUGUUACGGUUUUGUUUUGUUUUUUUAAAUCACGUGACCAGUUAUAUUGCUAUGAAAAUGGUGGAGAUGCCUCGUAGAAGGCGAGUGCUGGGUGCACAUGUGACAUUUUCUUCAGGGAGCGACUCAUGGUGAGACCAGAGAGGGCUCUUAGCUUGCAGGACUGGCUUCUGCAGGGCAUCUGUGUCCUGCUGUUAAAAGCAGGAGGAGGUGCUUGUCUGGGAGCUUUAAGUGUGCUGGGCUCAUAUCGUCCCGUUUGCAAGGAAUUGGGCCACCUUGAGAGGCCAUAGUUGAUGGCUAUGGGACACACACACACUUUUUCCUUAAGUCCACCAAAAUGCCUGCCUGUACACACACACACACACACACACACACACACACACACACACACUGGCUGGUUUGCUGAUGGAACCCUUAGACCACCCUCCCACCCCCACCCCUCCCCAAGCAUGGCUGCAAGUGUCAGGGCACCACACCUUCCUCUUCUUGACAUUUCUUUGAACAGACAUCAUUUUGUAGGAUCUUAAUUUAUACAUUUUUUUCAGGUCAUAAAAUGUGGGAUGAACAUACUUUGAACCCCAGUGCCUUCAGGGUCCAUUGACUAGGGAGGCACUGUCUUAGGGGACAGGUAUGUGCAAGGCCUUACCCACCAGUGGCUUCUCGCUGCAGGUCAUGUUUGUGGCACUUGUUCUUUAAGGUGAGGGUCUUAUGACCGACUGUUCUGAGACAGCCCUGUGUCAGGCAAGCUCUUUCACAGGGUUGUAGGUAUUUCCAAGACGCCAUAGGAACCAGACAGUGAAUCAUAGCUAUCAGUUUGCUGUGGGCAAGGAACCUCUUUUUGGCCACCUGGUAACAAAAUUUUAUGUCUGUAAAUUUUUUCUUGCUAUUUAAAAAAAAAAAUCAAUCUUACGUUUUUCUGUAGGAAAAAAAAAAACAAGUAAAAGAACAGGCCAUAUUUCAGGUCAAAGGCUUCUUCCUGCUGGUAAAUGGGACUGAAGACUUUCUUACAUCAUUAUUAAAAGGCUAAUUGCUGAACCACUAGAGUAUAUGAACUGUUUGUGAAUGAUAUUAGCCAUAGUCUCCUGAGGUGUUUCCUUGUGGCCUGAGUGGUAACAUUGUUUUGCUUAUGGAGAUGCUGUAACUGACCUAGUGACUCAGCUUAUCCUAUUGUGCAUGGCUGUCUGGAAAGCCAGCGUACAAGUGGGGCUUUGCCUGCCCUGUGUACAGAGGGUGGGUGGGAAAGAGUGAAUUAUUUAAUUUUAAAUGUUAUAAUAAAGCCAAUGUAGUUGAGACCAAGGAAAUGAGCAUUGAGAACACAAACUUGAAGUCUGGUGCCAGGGUUGUUGGACCUCACACCCUGUCUCUGAGCCACCCGGAAGUGACAUAAAGGACGCUGUGUGAUCAAGUUCUGGACACUUUUCUGGGAUGCGUACCACUGGACUAUUUAUGUCACAAAUCUAGUGGGUUGACGCUGCCCUGCAAGUUUUCAAUGUCCCUGCAUCCUAUGAAGUCAUAAUGUCUGACUGUACUGGAGGUUUUCCUGCAUUUUUUACUUUUCGAAAAUAGAGGUUUGGGCUGAGAAUUCUAAACGCAUGUGCCUGGGUGGGACGUCAAGUCAGGGUUCUCAUCAAAGCUGAGAAGUGGCUGGAAUGUUCAGCUUGGUGUCUGGGGAGGAUCCUGUGAGCUAUGUAGAGAGGUGGCUCUUCAGCCUGACUCAGUGUGGGCUGAACGAAGUACCUGCAGAACACACGGUAGCAGGCUCCAAAAUCGUCACCUCAAGCAUGCGUGCAAGCAAACUUCCGAGAACUCCGUUUUCUGCUCGGCAGACGUGUGAGCAGCUACCCAGAAGUCUCAAGCCAAAAGGGGAGCCUCGCUCGCUGGCUCCUCUGCAGGUGCCUUAUCGACCUGUGCUCUUCUCUUUUCCCGUGUCAAAGAUGUUGGACAGGAUCUUGUACUUGAAACAUACUACAAAUGAGUUACUAUGAAAUAAAUUCUGACCUGUGGACCGA